GAGGCCGGUUUCAUCUGGAGUGUUGCCCUGGAAACCGGCUGCACUAUAUAUAUGCAUGCCGGGCGCAGAGCUGGCCUCAUUCAGAACAGAGCACGCCGGCUGGAGGAGCGAGAAAACGCGGACUUUUUUAUUUCCCUGAUUUUGGUCUAAUGGACAAAAAUCUUUGUAAAUGCUUUUUAAGAUCACUCGCUUGAGCAAAGCACACACUGGCCCUGGCCUUGAGGCUUAUCUGAAAGGAUUUAACUUCACUGGGGAGCCGCCUUGGGUGUGCUGAACGUCUGACAUUUGAUAAUUCCAUCUCUUUCUGUCCAAUUUCUCUUGCGAUCUGAAAUUGAUUUGUGAUCAUGACUUCCAACGACUUUCUUACCUUCCUGGAGGAGGGGUUCUGUGCACGGGACAUCGUUGAGCAGAAGAUCAAUGAGUCCACCUCAUCAGAUGACAAGGAUGCUUUCUAUGUGGCAGACCUAGGGGAUGUCCUUAAGAAGCACCUUAGAUGGGCACGCACCUUGCCUCGUGUCACACCUUUCUAUGCUGUGAAGUGCAAUGAUAGCAGGCCUGUCGUAGAGACACUGGCAACACUGGGAGCAGGAUUUGACUGUGCAAGCAAGACUGAGAUCCAGCUCGUGCAGUCUCUGGGAGUGGAGCCCAGUAGGAUCAUUUAUGCCAACCCCUGUAAACAGGUGUCGCAGAUCAAGUAUGCUUCUGCACAUGGAGUGCAAAUGAUGACCUUUGAUAGUGAAGUGGAGCUAAUGAAGGUCGCUCGUAGCCAUGACAAUGCCAAACUAGUGCUGCGUAUAGCUACAGAUGACUCUAAGGCAGUGUGCAGGCUGAGUGUGAAGUUUGGAGCCACGCUGAAAAGCAGCAGGCUGCUUCUGGAGCGGGCAAAGGAGCUGGGCCUGGACAUUAUUGGAGUCAGCUUUCAUGUAGGCAGCGGCUGCACUGACCCACAGACGUACGCCCAGGCCAUUGCAGAUGCACGCUACGUCUUUGACAUGGGGGCUGAGUUGGGCUACAGUAUGACCCUGCUGGAUAUUGGUGGUGGCUUCCCUGGCUCUGAUGAUUCCAAGCUGAAGUUCGAGGAGAUUACUGCUGUGAUCAACCCUGCACUGGAUAAGUACUUUCCUGCAGACUGCGGCGUGAGGAUAAUUGCUGAACCCGGCCGAUUCUAUGUGGCCUCUGCAUAUACGCUAGCUGUCAACAUCAUUGCUAAAAAAGUCAACAUGAAGGAGCAAUCUGGCUCUGAUGAUGAAGAUGAUGGGGCCAGUGACCGAACUCUAAUGUAUUAUGUUAAUGAUGGCGUUUAUGGAUCUUUCAACUGCAUCCUUUUUGAUCAUGCACAUGUGACACCCAUUGUGCACAAGAAGCCCAAGCCUGAUGAGCGCAUAUACCCAUGCAGUAUUUGGGGUCCUACCUGCGAUGGCCUGGACCGCAUUGUGGAGCUGUGUACUCUGCCUGACCGGCAGGUAGGAGACUGGCUGCUGUUUGAAAACAUGGGUGCUUACACUGUGGCCGCCUCGUCCACCUUUAACGGCUUCCAAAAACCAGACAUUCAUUACGUCAUGUCGAGAUCAGCCUGGCAAUGCAUGCAGCAGAUCCAUGUCCAGGGGAUGCCAGCUCUGGUGGAGGAGCAGAGCCCUGGGAACAUGCCAGGCCACUGCGGGUGUGGAAGCACCCUGGAGCUGCCUGCUAAGCCCUGUGCCACCCGUGUGCUCUAAGUCAACAUAGAUGCAGUACAGGGAGGUGCUGCACUGCAUUAAUUUGUCAAAUAAACUGACUCCAUUGAUGGUCCUCUAAUAAUGAAAGUCUUGGUGCCCAAUGUUAUUAAAUGACAGUUGCAUUUUACCAUAAAAAUGGUAAUUAGUCCAUGGUGCAUGUGACCAGAAUAUUGCAGAUGCACAAGUUGACUUCUUUUUUUUUUUUUUUUGUCCUUGCUUCCUUUUUACAGUUACUUAACCAAGAAAUAGGGGAGAACAUGGUUGUCUUUCCAAUUACUGUUUAAUGGUGGUCUAUUGCUGGGGUUGGCGUUUAUACGCUAAAUGCAAGGUUUAGCCUGCAUUAACCAUUACAAUGGUCCACUGUAUUCAGGAGCUUGGCAUGCCUCUUUUUUAAGCACUGGGAAAUCUCCUCUGACCAUUCGCAGAAAUCAUACACAUUCCUUUCUUGUUUCUUUACGUUGAAGAAAAUUUUUGUUGGUAUGGUAGUAAGAUGAUGAUGGUGAUAAUACUUAAAAGUAGCAUUAUUUAUGACCAUGAUGCAUUUGAAAAUAUACAUGAAAGAGAUGGGAUUGCAUUCAUACCGCUUUCCUAUGGAAACUUUUUAAAGUGUUUUUUGUAUUUUGUUUUUAUAAAUAAAACCUCAGUAAAACA